AUGGCGGGUCCGAGCCCAACGGCGGCGGGUAUGGCGGGUCCAUCCUGGAUCCCUCGGCGGGUUGCCCGGCGGGGCCCACCUGGUCCAAAAGGGGAGAAGGGAGAUCAAGGUGAUCAGGGCCCUCGGGGUCUGCCAGGCUUCCCCACUGUUGCUGCUCUUCACAGCAAUCAGAUCCUCACCGUCAAGGGAGACCAAGGACAAGCUGGGCCCCCCGGGCCCCCUGGGCCUCCAGGACCAAGGGGCCCUCCUGGAGAUACUGGGAAGGAUGGUCCACGAGGGAUGCCUGGGGUGCCGGGCGAGCCAGGAAACCCAGGAGAACAAGGCUUGAUGGGACCUCAGGGGCCUCCAGGACAAAAGGGUUCUCUUGGUGCACCUGGUGUUCCAGGAAUGGAUGGACAACAGGGUGAACCUGGUGUAAUGGGAGAGAGAGGAGUUCCUGGGCUUAAGAUAGCAAAAAUUAAGGUUCAUGAAAUAAGGGUGACCCUGGACAUCGAGGAGAAAGGGGUGAUCCAGGAGAAAGUGGACCAAAAGGUGAUGCAGGAGAGAAGGCCUAAUGCAGGGACUGGUGACGUGAAAGACAGGUGCUCCAUCAAGCAAAAAUUUUUCUUGAGUGAGUGUAAUAUGAACACAGUAUCAUCCUGGUAUUUGUGA